AUGUCAGACCAAACCACCCUUUUUCCGUCUAUUGGUAAGAUCGCGGAUGAGACUCAACGGCUUCCAGAGCAAAAGAAGGAAGGGGAUUCAAAUGUCUUCGCCGAACCUGAAGGAGAUGAGGAUAGACCUGUGCAGGAGAUAGAGUCACUUUGCAUGAAGUGCCGAGAGCAGGGCGUAACCAGGAUGCUGCUCACAUCAAUUCCCUUCUUCCGCGAAGUAAUUGUCAUGUCCUUCCGGUGUGAGCACUGCGGCUUCCACAAUAACGAGAUACAAUCGGCGGGAAGUAUCCGUCCGGAGGGCGUUGUUUACACGGUCCGUGUCCUGUCGCGAGAUGACCUAGACCGACAGAUCGUCAAGUCAGCGACCUGCACUGUCGAGAUUCCAGAGUUCCAACUCACUCUUCCUCCCUUACGAGGGCAGCUCACGACAGUCGAGGGGCUCAUCCGAGAUAUCGUCGCGGAUCUCAGCGCCGACCAGCCUCUACGGCGCGUGCAGAACGAAGCCGCCUACACGAAGAUCGAGGGCAUCCUGCACGGCUUCAAGGAGAUCCUCGCAGAUUCUGAGGACGAAGAGGAGGAAUCAGAGAGUACACCACGCGGGCCAAAGUUCCCCAAGGCAUCCCAGAAGGACGCGCCCAUGCCCACAUUCACAGUGCGCCUGGACGACCCUUCGGGCAACUCGUUCAUCGAAUUUGUGGGGAGCAUGGCGGAUGCGAAGUGGAACAUGCGCAUGUACCAUCGGACGCGCCAGCAGAACGUCGACCUCGGGCUCGUCUCGGAGGAGGACGUGGGACCCACGCCUCCGCCAGAGCUCGCGAACCUUGCGGAUGGAGAAGAAGGAGAGGUAGACGAGGACAGGCCAAUCACCAAAGGACUUGAAGGCGAGAACGAGGAAGUUUACGUGUUCCCCGGGACAUGCUCUAGCUGUGGGCACCACAUACAUACACUGAUGAAGAAAGUCAACAUCCCAUACUUCAAGGACAUCCUCAUCAUGUCAACGAAUUGUGACAGAUGUGGAUACCGAGACAAUGAGGUGAAGUCCGGCUCAGCCAUCUCCGACCAGGGCAAACGGAUAACUCUCAAAGUCGAGGAUCGUGAAGAUCUCAGCCGCGACAUCUUGAAGAGCGAGACGUGUGGUCUUUCUAUCCCAGAAAUUGAUCUGGUGCUACAGCCGGGUACCCUCGGUGGGCGAUUCACCACAUUGGAAGGUAUCCUCGAUCAGAUCUACGAAGAGCUCUCAGAGAAGGUAUUUGCGGCGAGGGAUACCGUGGGAGAGGACAACGCAUUCGAGAACUUCCUCGAGAAGCUGAAGAAGGUGAAGAAUGCAGGACGGCCCUUCACUGUGAUCCUCGACGACCCACUCGCGAACUCGUUCCUUCAGAACCUGUACGCCCCCGAUCCGGACCCCAACAUGGAGAUCGUUAUGUACGACCGUUCAUGGGACCAAAAUGAGGACCUAGGUUUAAAUGACAUGAAAGUGGAAGGAUACGAGGGUGAAGCAGUGGCCAAGGCCGCUGCUGAGGCGGCUGGGAAGAGGGAGGCAACGAAGGAACACGCUAAAUCAUGA